ACCUUAGUAUUCUAUGACCGUGGUCUGGAUGAGGAUAGGACCCUCUUGCACAGAGACAAGUCAGAAUCGUUUUCAAGUUAUUCCUUAUGGUCUGCAGACCAUUAAUAGCAAAUAUGAAUCUGAAUCUAAAUAUGUUGCCAAGUUCAUAGACAUUCGUGCAAGGAGACUGCAAAUCCAGGGCUGGUCUUUGUGCAAGAGAGGCCUACCUAUCUUCGGUUCAUGACAAACUCAUAAAGAAGGAGUAUGUCUGCCAGAGAAUCAUCACCAGAGGCACCAGCUCCAGUGGAAAUAAAGGCCAAAAAGAAAAAGAAACUGGCCAAGAUGGAAACACCAAUUAAAGCAGUGAAAGAUGCUGAUGAGCAAAAGCUGGAGAGUUUGGUGUUUGGACUGGAGACAGAUUUAGUGUCACAGCUGCAGCGGCCUGCAUCUCCAGUGUCGGAGGAUUUGUCAGAAACAGAAGCAGAUGGCCUUCUGUGUCUGGACAGGCGUGGUCACACUGCUUCUGAUGACGAAGAUGGUGAGGAGGAGGAGGAGGAGGAGGAGAAGCCAAUGGCGCGACAACCUGCUUGGGUCGACGAUGAUGAUGAGCAGGUGACAGUGGCCCAGGUAGAGGCAACAUUCGCGCAAGACCAACGCCGAGCCGCCGUGGCGCCGGCUGGCCGCUACCGGGCAGCGCUAGAGCAGCGGUUCACGUCCGUGGUGGGCGCGCCGCAGUGGGCGCAGCUCGAUCGCAAACGGCGCCGGGACAGCGACGACGAAGAGGACAGCGAGCUGCUAACCAAGACGGGCCGGCUGCUAUCCACGGCGCGGUCGGCGCGACUCGCCAAGGGCACGGUGCUGACCAAAACGUGCGCGCCCCUGACGGCGGCCGUGCAGCGGCGGCCGCGCACCGUCACCGCUCUCGAGUUCCACCCGGGCUCUCAGGUGGCGCUGGUCGGCGGCGGCGGCCGGCCGGCGCUAGCGCUCGUUCAGGUGGACGGCGUCGACAACCCGCUGAUCCAGGAGGUGCCCCUGGACGGGUUCCGUGUGCAGUGCGCCCACUUUACGCGUGACGGCGGCCAGCUGAUGGCCGGCUCCGAGCACGCGGCCCACCUGCUCUGCUACGACAUGAUGGCGGGCCGCGUGCUGCGCGUGGAGGCCGGCAGGCGGCUGGGACUGCGCGGCGUGCCGCAGUUCACGAUGUCGCCCGACGGCCGGUGGCUGGCGGUGCCCGGAGCGCGCGCUGGCGCCGUCCACCUGCUAUCCGCCCGCACUCACGAGUGGGUGGACACGCUGCAGGCGAGUGGACGCGUCACAGCACUGGCCUUCACCCCCGACGGCACCCGUCUGUUCACGCACACCGACGAGGGCCGUGUCUACGAGUGGGACAUGUCGACGCGCGCCUGCUGCCACCGGUUCGACGACGAGGGCUGCCUGUCGGGCACGUCGCUGGCGUGCGCGCCCAACGGCCGCCUGCUGGCGUGCGGCUCCUCCUCCGGCAUAGUGAACGUGUACGAGAUGGCGACGGCGCGACGCGCCUCCCACCCCCGCCCGGUCAAAGUGUUCGAUCAACUAACCACCACCUGCGACCAGCUGCGCUUUAACGUCACCGCAGAGCUGCUGGUGAUGGCCUCCUCGCAGAAGGAGCACGCCGUCAAGCUGGUUCACGUGCCGUCGAUGACUGUGUUUUCCAACUUCCCUGGCUGGUCGACUGCCGUGCAGGAGCCGCAUAGUUUGGACCUCUCGCUGAGCAGUGGCUACCUGACCGUGGGUAACAAUAAGGGCCGCGCGCUUCUCUACCGCCUACAGCACUACGAUAGUUACUGAGUGAGUGUCCCUAGCGGCGAACAGACUACCACGGGCGCCGCGUAGUUGAAUGUGCACUCGGUGACGCAUCUGUGUGUCUUUUGAAGGGGCUGGCGUGGUGAACUGCGGGGGAGGUAUAGAGGGAUGUUGGUGGACCGCCUUUAUCAAACUGAAAUACAAGCAUUGUUGUUGCUGGUGUCGUAACCUGCUCCAUUCGAAAUACACCAUGCAUAAAGUUCA